AUGAUACAAGGUCUGCGGUCAUGGCAAUUGCUUAUUGCGCAUCGUGUUCGAGUUGAUGCCGCAAGAGAACUCUUCAAUUCAUGCCUCCUCUUUGGUUUGUUAACUCUUCUCCACACCAAUAAUGAAUCCCUCUUCUAUAUUGGCACGCUUCAUAACGGUUUCAGAGGAUAUUCGGGGUGCAGUGAUUAUACACGAUUGGUUCCGGCUGACCUAAUUCGUCUUGAGUUGGAGGCGAAGGAGGUGCCACCAUCCCGCAGACUCAGAGGACGGACUUAUCUUUCUCUCAUCGCAUUCACACGCGUUGAAAGGAUUACGCUACUCUUCGCCAGAGUCCUGGUCGUCACAUAUCCCAACGAAAAUGUCAAAGUGAAUGACAGAGGAGCAGAACCGAUAAUUCAUCUACCAUUAACUGCGAGCCGGUCGUAUGACCGCAGUCAAAACGUCGCUUAUGGAGGCGGCUACUAUCGCGAUGACUACUAUCGAGAUGGCCACGGCAAUAACACACGAACCCCAUAUGCAUCGAAAAAAGUCACUACUCUCGAUCCGGUCAGUCGGCCGCUGCGAUUUGGAGUGGGGAAGUACGCCAUUCCCCUGGAUCUCUUCGUUCCUGAGUCUGAAUUUCCAUCAUUUACUUAUGCCAACCCCAAAGCUGGCACCUCAGUGAUUCAUAGCUCAUCAAUGCGUGCACACAUUGUUUUGAACGGAGGACUCUACAAAACGGGCACAAUUCCAGUCUGGAUACCUGCGAUUGGCUCGGCGGACAACGGCACCCACCUUAUUGACAAGGACGUAGAAAUGGCCGCUCCAAAGAAGUACGUUACUCGUGACGACAUGAUUAAGGCAGUGUUGGGAGACAGGGAGGAUAACGUGAAAAAAGUGGAGGCGAGAUUGAUAUCCAGAGUGAACUGUCGUGCUGCCAAUCUAAAGGAAGAGACUGAGAUUAUACCAUGGACUGAACUUGAAGAGAAGACUGGACCUAAGUCGGAAGUUCUGCGAGAAUUUAACAAUAGUAAUCGGAGCGGCCUAUCCAAAGAAUGGAAGAAGUACUGGGAGGUGAAAGAUUUCAAAUUAGACAAUCCUUCCACACCAACUAUAAUUACAGCUGAGUUCUCUCUCGAAUAUUACCUGCAACUGCGAGCUGAUGAUGAUGAGUACGAGACGCCUGUCAUCCUGGUUGACCUCAUCAACGGACCCGAUUUCAAACCACCGCAAAUAACUCCGGAAAUGCAUAGCAGGAGAACCUUCACCACUUUGUGA